AGGAAAUCUAUUUUUAUCACUUCGUAAAUUAUAAGAAAAAGUUUUUAAGACACAAUUUAUGUCUUCUAGCUGCUGUCAGAAGCCUGCUGGCCACAGUUCCUGCUCAUUGUUCCCUGAGCUGGGUUUCCUCUGGGAAACUGUCAGCCUUGGGACUGGAGCAGGAUAAUUCCUGGAAGCCUGAGGGGGAGGAGGGGUGAGGAGGAGGGAGGAGGAGAGGCAGGGGAGAGGGGAGGAGGGCACGUCCUGCUUCUAAAUGGACCUCAGUGUUUGGGCCUCAGUAGGCGGGGCUUCCCCCACACUCUGCCCUCUGAUUGGUCUGAUCUGACGUCAAUCUUGUGAUUUACAGGUCUCAAGUUUGAAACUUUUUUUUUUUCAUGAGGAGGCGGAAUCCGGUUACAACUUGUAACCGAACUCAGAAAACAAGCCUCUGAAUAAUUCACGGUACUGAGCCCCGAUACCGAACAACAAGCGGCGGCAGCGGGGAGCUCCACGGCCGACCAACAAGCGGACAAACCGUGGAGAGAACAUGCAGUGAAGCGUCCUUUCUUCCCUCCGCUGCCAGGAUGGAGACCUGAGAGGCUUUAACCCGGGUUAACUUGUCAUCUUCUCCCGUGUCAAAGUGAAGCCGAGAGUGAAGAUUAGACCAUGGACUCCUUCAGCACCAAGAGUUUGGCCCUGCAGGCGCAGAAGAAGCUGAUGAGUAAGAUGGCCACCAAGAGCGUGGCGAACCUCUUCAUCGACGACACCAGCAGCGAGGUGCUGGACGAGCUGUACCGCGUCACCAAGGAGUACACCCGCAACCGCAAGGAGUCCCAGAAGAUCAUCAAGAACCUGAUCAAGAUGGUGGUGAAGCUGGGAGUGCUCUACAGGAACAACCAGUUCAACAGCGAGGAGCUCAUCCUGGUCGAGACCUUCAGGAAGAAGGUCCACACUCUGGCCAUGACGGCGGUGAGCUUCCACCAGAUCGAGUUCACCUUCGACCGCCGCGUCAUGAGCGCCAUCUUGAACGAGUGCCGCGAGCUGCUGCACCAGGCCAUCAAGCGCCACCUGACGGCCAAGAGCCACUCGCGGGUCAACCACGUCUUCAAUCACUUCGCCGACUGCGACUUCCUGGCGACGCUGUACGGGCCGUCGGAGGUUUACCGCGCUCACCUGCAGCGCAUCUGCAACGGCGUCAACAAGAUGCUGGACGAGGGGAACCUCUGACCUCCGUCCGCCUCGCCGCCCGGCACAUUUACCUCCAGUCGACGCUCCGUCUCGCAGGAAUUCUUUUUUUAAAAUGACAAUCGUGAACGUUUAUUUUUCAUUUU